AUGGUACUCUAUAACCUUUCACUAAAGUUUUCCAUUAUAUUCAUCACUGGCUUUUUCAUUGUUUUUAUGGUUCCAGGCAGUCCUGCUAUCAUUGGAGACAGAGAGGAGGAUGGUGAUGCGGAUGAUGGUGCUAGUGAUUUCAUUUACUCAGAAAACAAAAACCAAUGUCAGAAGCAGAAAAUUUCAGAAAGAAUGUUGAGCUGGCAUGUAACAUAUGGUAGAGGGGAGGAUGUUAUUGCUCCAAAUUAUGAUAAAGAGGUUUCUCAUAACCAUAUUCCCCUUCUCACCAAUGGGCAGGAGGUUUCUGGUGAGUUAUCUGCUGCAUCACCUGAGCGUCUUUCUAUGGCAUCUCCCAGGUGUGUUGGUGGAAAAUCGACUAUUAGGGUUGUGGAUCCUGUGAGGGAGUUUGGUUCACCUGGAAUGGGCAAUGUAGCUUGGAAAGAGAGAGUUGAUGGCUGGAAGAUGAAACAGGAGAAGAAUGUUGUUCCUACGAGUACAGGCCAGGUUGCAUCUAAAAGGGGUGCUAGAGAUAUUGAUGCCAGCACCGAUGUGCUUGUGGACUAUUCUUUACUGAAUGAUGAAGCUUGGCAGCCUCUAUCAAGAAAGGUUUCCGUUCCCUCAUAAAAAAUAAACCCUUAUCGGAUGGUCAUCAUUCUUUGACUCGUUAUU